AUGGUCAGUGAUAGUGAGGAAGAAGAUGCAGUGGUGAAGAUUGGGAAUGUACUGCAGGAAAUUGAUGAGGAGAACUGGAUUACCAUGGGUGGGGUCGAUGAUAGAUCUGCUUGUACAUUUAUAAGGGGAUAUGUAAAACGACAGGCGCUUUACACUUGUCAUACAUGUUUAAACGUAGACGAAGUAAAAGCUGCGAUUUGUUUUCCUUGUGCGAUUGAGUGUCAUUCUGACCAUGAUAUAGUUGAGCUAUACACCAAACGAUAUUUCAGAUGCGACUGUGGAAACUCAAAAUUUGCUGGUGUUUGUAACUGUCUAUUGUGGGAGGAGAAGGACGAUGAAAAUGAUUUGAACCGGUACGAUGACAAUUUUUCUAACCGAUAUUGCACGUGUCAACGUCCGUAUCCUGACCCGGAUUAUGAUGGUGUCGAAGAAAUGAUUCAGUGUGGCAUAUGCGAAAACUGGUUUCACUUGGAGCAUCUCAACAUGGAUAAAGAAUUCGAACCACCCGAAGAUUAUAACGAGAUGACCUGUUUUAUGUGCAUUAAAAAGUACGCGUUUCUAUUUAUGUAUGCAUAUAACACUGAGGAGACGUUCCGGCAAUCUUUUACAAAGAAUUCUAAAAGGUUGAGGAAAACGGUAAAUGAAGGCAUGACUCAUCCGGAAGACAAUUCUUAUUGUCGUUUGUCCAUGUGGGCUAGUAAAAUGAAACAACACGUGCCUGAGUUCUGCUGUUCGUCUCUUGAUAACUUGGACAACCUCGACCCCAAUCUAGUACCAUCAGUGUUUUGGAUCUCUGAUUGGAGAAGCUUCCUUUGUCGAUGCGAAAACUGCAAGGAAAUGUACAAGCACCUUAAUGUCGAAUUUCUAUUGGAUCCUGAAGACUCAGUAUCCCAUUACAUGCAAUUGGGAAAACAGAGGACUAAAUCGAUUAACGAGGAAGAGAAACGCACACUAAAUGAGGCUCUUGCAGAGUUGCCGCAUCCUGCAGCAGUAAAUUUUGCAACGGGAUUCGUACGAUUGAAAGAGGCUCUGGAAGAAUUUUUCACCAAGAAGAGAGAUAAAAACCACAUUGUAACAGAAUCAGAAGUAAAAGCUUUUUUCGAAGACUUUCGGAAGCGCAGUCAAUCGUAA